AUGGAAGAAAACACCACCAUUUGGAAUCAAUUACUUCAACAAAGUCAUAAAAAAAAUUUUAGAAGUAUUGUUUAUGUGCAAAUGACAAAUCUUCGAAGGAAUGGGGAACCUUCAUUACAUAACAUAAGAUUUCAUGAUUUUGUUAAAAAUGAUUCAAGAUAUCUAUUAUUUUUAAUGGCAUUUAACGAUAAUCAAUUACAUGGUGAUGUUAAAUCAAAUCCUAAUGCUCAACUAUGCUGGCAAAUGCAAACGACUAAAGAGAUUUAUAAUUUAUCAGGAAGAUUUUAUAUUGUAUCAUCACCAAAAAAAAUAACAAGAUUUCCUCCACCAAAAUCGGACAUGCCGACUCAAGAAUCUUGGGAAACUGUUAGAAGACAAGUUUGGUCAGCGUUAUCAUCCCAAACUCGUGCAACGUUUACGUGGCCUCCAUCGGGUGAAAUACCAAAAAGCGGAAAAAUGGCAUUUAAAUGUCUUAAAUUAGAUUCAAUGCUUGAUGAUCAUAUCGGUUCCAAUAAUUCCGAUAGAGUUGAUCAUGAAGUUGCAUUUGAUAAUUUUUGUUUAUUGACUUUCAAGGUUCAUGAAGUUAUAAGGUUUGAAUAUGGAAGUUUUCCUCCAAAAAGAACGACUCGAUGA